GUGGCCAAUAUGUUCGCAUCUAUCCCACAAGCAGUUUUCGCCCUCCUCCUUCUAUACUUCUGCCAGACUACUAUACGCAGGCUAUAUCUUCAUCCAUUGCGGCGCAUCCCCGGACCCAUAUCAUGGAUUAUCUUUCCGAUUACUCGACACAUUUCAGACAUCCGCGGGAACUUGGACAUCGAUAUACGCCGUUUUCAUGCAAGAUACGGCUCCGUGGUUCGCGUGGGGCCCAAUGAAGUAUCCUUCGCAACACCAGAAGCGUGGAAGGACAUAUACGGCCAUGGCCCGCAUGGCCACGGCCAGCUACCGAAAGUGGUAAUCUCCGUCAGCAAAGGGAUGGAUAUAAUCAGUGCAAACGACACGGAUCAUAGUCGAUUUCGCAAAAUCCUGUCUCCCGCCUUUUCUGCGAAAGGCGUGCAAGCGCAGGAGCCUCUUCUCAGCGGCCAUGUUGACAAGCUUAUCACUCGCCUGAAAGAACUAGCCGGGUCCCAAUCCCCCGCAGACAUGACAAAAUGGUAUAACUUAACCACGUUUGAUGUUAUCGGUGAUCUCGCCCUUGGAGAGUCGUUUGGGGGCCUCGACAGUUCCCAGUACCAUUAUUGGGUAUCUACCCUUCUCGCGGCGAUGAGAAUGAGCCCCUUCAUGCGGCUGGGCGAUGCCUACCCUUUUAUUACCAAGCUUAUUCCACCUUUUGUUUUCAAGUGGCUUCUGGAGGCGCGGGAAAGGCAUGCAGAAUACAGUAAGGCGACGAUUAAGAAAAGACUACAAAACUCGUCUGCCCGUGGCCGUGGUGACUACAUGGACUCGAUGCUGCGUAACCGCGGGGAAAAGGGCGGCUUGAGCUACGAAGAACUCGAAGCCAACGCGACUAUCCUCGUUAUUGCUGGCAGCGAAACAAGUUCCAGCUUGCUCACAGGUCUGACAUACUGGUUGCUGCGCUCCCCCGAUGUUCUGGCAAAGGUAGUGAGCGAGGUCCGCACAGUGAUGAAGUCAGAGGCCGAUAUCACCUUUAACUCUGUUACUGCCAAUCUCCCCUACACGUUGGCUUGUAUCGACGAAGCAUUCCGGAUGUUCCCGCCUGUCCCAACAGGGCUACGACGAGUGACCCUCACCACAACCCAUAUCGCGGGAUAUGAGAUCCCAGCUGGGACCAUGGUGUCAGUUCAUCAAUCAGCUGCUUACUGGUCACCCAUGAAUUUUCAUGCCCCGGAACGUUUUAUUCCUGAGAGAUGGCUGCCGGAAGCGAAAUCCGAUCCAUCCUCGCCAUUCUUCUCGGACAAACGUGAUGUCAUUCAACCAUUUUCCGUGGGGCCGCGCGAUUGCAUCGGGCGAAACUUGGUAUUCGCUGAAAUACGUGUCAUCAUUACACGUAUGUUGUGGAAUUUUGACCUGGAGCUUUGCGAAGAGAGUCUGGACUGGCUGAACCAGAAGACCUAUACGUUGUGGGACAAACCUCCUUUGAUGUGCAAAUUAUCACCGAGGGAGUGGAAAGAAUAAAUGUAAACCUGAAUUCAAUUAGACUUGUCGAUGAUGUCUGAGAUGGGAUACAGUUGGAAAUUCCGGGCAGAACAAGUCACUGCUUGAAGAGUGAGGCCUAAGAUAC